AUGCCGCCACGCGUUCCUCUACUGCCAGGCCUGAGAGCUCUGAGUGGACAUGGCUCCACAGUAUCCCCCUCAACGCACAUCUGUCGAACUUUCGCCUCGACGCCCGUAGACCAGGCCUCGACUGUCCAGCAGAAGAGAAGACACCGCGAUCCAUAUGCCCUAGCACAGGCACGCGCCCGUAAAGCCGCCAACAUCUCGCGCCAGGAGGUCCUCGAGAAGGAGCGCUCAUCAGCCCUUGGUGAUCCCGUGCGAGGAAUCCCCACUGCCUUUGUUCAGUCGUUCGAGACGGCCAUCCCUUCAACACCUACUCCCGCUUCUUCCAACGAUACCCAUGCUGCCACUCGCAACGAAUCAGCAUCGCCGAAACAAUCCCCUCCUGGCCCCAACGCCCAGUCUGAAGAAUACAAGAACUUCUUCCUCACUCAACGAGAAAUCAAGGACGCUUCUCUUCGCAGUGAAAAGCUGAAUGCACCCGUCGCCGACCAAGACUUCUACGAGACCAACGAUCCGGAGGAGAAACAGCGCAGGGAACAGGAACGCCAACAGUAUGACCAAGAGCGCAAGCAGAAGCACGCCACGGCCACCGAGGCCCUAAAUCGCAUCGUUUCACUGUCCAACGGCUCGUCUAAAGACCGUCUUCGUGUCAACAUCCAGCGCUGCGUCGACGCCUUUGGCCGCCACCAGACCGACAAGAAGUUGCCUCCCAAGCCUCCGGUCGCCGAGUCCAUUCUUCUCAAGAACCCCAGCGCCAACACGCAAAAGGUUGAGCGUGCGGGUCCCGACACAGGCAGUAGCGAAGUUCAAAUCGCCAUUUUAACGGCCAAGAUCAAGACUCUCGCCGAUUUUCUGGAAAGCAGAGGAAGACCUGACAAGAUCAACAAGCGCAACCUGACCGUCCUGGUCCACAAGAGACAGAAGCUUCUCCAAUACCUCAGACGAAAGGAGAGAGGUGGUCCAAGAUGGCAACACCUGAUUGAGACACUCGGCCUGACAGAGGGGACUUGGAAGGGUGAAAUCAGUCUACGAUAA